UGAUCUUUCGCGAUAUACUCCAACAGUCUUAACGUCAACAGCGUGUAAACCGGUUCCCCCUAUUGUGACGCUCUCUGAUGCUAUAGUUUUUCUCUGCGUCGUCGUACGAGUACCUACGAAAUUAUCGGAAAAUUUUCUAGUGAAUAUUUGUAAUUUUUUUCGCGUUCGAUAAAAAUUCUCUAAUUACGAUACGGUCCCAGUGCUGAAGUGUAGGUGUUGUGAAUGGUGGUCGUGGUAAAUUUAUAAGAGUACCGGUUCAUCUAUUUAUGCAACUUUAAUCGACAUAUAUACGAUAGUGAUUGCUGAGAUGAUAAGAACCAAGAAUUAGCCUAGAUCAUGAAACAGCAAAGCUGCUCGGAAUGCGCGUCAGAAAAUCGAAAUCUUCGACCAAUUCAGCAACUAUGACCAGACAACGCUGAAGAAUUCCGUUUACGAGCUAUUACCACAUAAGGAGGAGGAUAUCGUUUGAUAUGAGCGUUGGUUCGGGCUCGGUCGCCGAAGAUAUCGAUGAUACGACGUGGAUAUGGCCAGAGGCAAUUGAAGAAGAUACGGCGGAAGUAUCAUCGUCCGAUUUAUUACGAGCAGAUUCGACGUUUUGGUCUGGGGCCUUCUUACCACCGCCGCCCAGACCGCCUUACCUGGAGGAUCAAAUUUCGCCAGACGGACUUACCACUUGUGAUCUAUGUUCGUGGGCAUUAGAACGGUAUUCGGAAUCGAAACCACAUUCGGAUACCGGACUCACAUUUCCUCAUAAUUUGGUGGUAACGCUUACCAUUGUGUCUAUACUGUCCGCUUUACUAGGAGCUGUGAUUAUGAUUGUAUUAUUAAAUUGUAAAAGCCGGUUCAACCCAGCUGGAUCUCACAGAACAUUUUUCUGUUUGGGUAGAAGAAGAUACGACAGGCCCCGAGUGACCGUCGCAAAUAACGGAAUUAGCCUACAGAACAACAAAGACGUCGACGAACAAUACACCGGAUCCGGUACGCCUAAAAUCCGGCAGCCUUGGCUGAUGCUAAACCGUGCCCGAAAAACCACCCCGGUCCAGUUAACCACCAGUGUGAAAUCCGCCCCAGCUACCAAUCACUAUACCAUGGAGGAAGCGUAUACGUCUAUUAACGAGGCUGUGUACACCGAAUUAGAUCGUAUACCUUCGCCAGCCUAUCAAAAUAGCGGAUAUAUGAUCGAAACCGAUAACGAGCCCGUAUCGUCGGCUCCUAGCAGCGCCUACUAUUCGGAUAUAUCGGCCCAAGGCACGUACGAAAUGGUCGGACAGACCACAGUUGUGUGGAAUUCCGAAAACCUAAGGCCGCCGAUUAGAAGACAGCCUCAGAGGCAUUUUAUCGAAGAUGCUACCGUACAUUCUAAUUAUAUUUAAAAAAUGCCAUAUUUUUGUUGUGUAUUUUAUUUUAGUAUUGUGUCCUUGUCCCAAGUCCCCCCACCCACAACUUUUUUGCUCCCGUUUUCGUCCUUUAUUAUUUUGUCUUUGUGAACCGUUUUGUUAGUAGAUUAUUUAGCUUUUAAGACGCCUUAAGAGUGAUGUAAAGUGGUAGUAUUUUUAAUUAGUUGUUUGUACAGUUACCAAUGAAUUUUUAUUAUUUUAUUAUUUUUUUUUGUGUGUAAAAAUGAUCCUUGUAUUUUUUUUUGUACAUGAGAAUAUUUAAAAAUGAUUCGUUUUAAA